AUGAACACAUAUGCGCAGGUGGCGAAGAAAGAUUGGGGACUGAGCGCAGAGGCUAUGUCUAUCAUAUAUGACUGUGUCUUCCUCCCUGUCACAACAUAUGCUUGUGGAUCUUGGGGUUGGGCAACCCAAAAAGUACACGUCAAGCGCAAGUUGAUAUCUUCUCAGAGACGAGCAUUGCUCCUGAUCAAGAAAUCUUUUCGCACAGUAAGUAACAGUUGCCUACAGGUUCUGGCAAAGAAACCCCCACUUGACUUAACUAUUUUGGAAAAAGAAAAAUUUUACCAUAUUAAAUGGGGAAAAGACAUUGAAGUAAAUACUGCAAUAUACACACAAGAUGAAAUAGAAUGGAGUUUUCCCUUCAGAAACACGCUAUCUUCCAUUGGACAAGGAAUUAACCCAAGAAAUGAUAUUGGAAAUUCCAGUAUAAAUAUAUUUACUGACGGGUCCAAACUGGAAGGGAAUGUAGGGUGCAGCAUGGUAGUAUAUGAUAAUGAAAAUGAAGUUGCUAAUGAAACUUAUAAACUUGACGAUAGGUGUUCUGUCUUUCAAGCGGAACUCUUGGCCAUAGGCAAGGCUGUAGAACUUAUCAAUAGAACUUAUCAUAACAUCACUGCCACUAUAAACACGGAUUCUCUCUCAGACUAUAACAUAUUGAUGAGUCCCAAACUACACCCAUUGGCUGAGCCUAUUAGGAGAGACAUAAAAUCAUCCAAUUGCCAAAUAUUCUUAAACUGGGUGAGAGCCCACCAGGGCAUAAAAGGGAACGAGAGGGCUGAUGAAUUAGCCAAAUCUGCAACCUACCUUGACAAUGAACAAAUAAUUUACAGAAAACUUAGUCAACGGACAUUAAGAAGAUUACUUAAGCAAGAUACAAUACAAUUGUGGCAAAAUAUAUGGGAUAGAAACCCAGAUCAUAUAACGCAUAAGUUUAUUCGAAAACUUGAUAACUUUAUCAACACUAGCUGGAUUACACCAGACUACUAUACAAGCCAAGUCAUGACAAAUCAUGGGAAAUAUGCUAAUUACUUGGCAAGAUUUGCCAACAAAAACAAUAAUAAAUGCACGGAAUGUGAUACUGAAGAUGGACCCACUCACUAUCUUUAUCAUUGUGUUAUCUUUCAACGAGAAAGGAUUAAACUUAUAUGUACUCUUAAAAAAUAUGACAUUACCUGGCCCU